AUGGCAAAAAAAUAUGAGGGACCUGCUAUCGGAAUUGACCUUGGUACAACAUAUUCUUGUGUUGCUGUAUGGAAUGAUCAAAACAAUAGAGCUGAGAUCAUACACAAUGAUCAAGGCAACAACACCACUCCUUCUUUUGUUGCAUUCACUGACUCCCAAAGGUUGGUUGGCGAUGCUGCCCAUAAUCAAGCUGCUUCAAACCCUGCCAACACUAUCUUUGAUGCAAAGAGGUUGAUCGGAAGGAAAUAUAGCGAUUCUGUUAUUCAGAAUGACAUGCAAAUGUGGCCAUUUAAGGUUGUGGCUGGAAAUGAUGACAACCCUGUGGUUGUUGUUAAUUUCAAGAAUGAAGAAAAGUGCUUUGUUGCUGAGGAAAUUUCAUCGAUGAUCCUCAUGAAGAUGCGAGAGAUUGCUGAGAAAUUUUUGGAGUCAUCGGUUACAAAUGCAGUGAUUACUGUGCCAGCUUAUUUCAAUGAUUCUCAGCGAAAAGCCACCAAAGAUGCUGGUGUUAUAGCUGGACUCAACGUAAUGCGGAUAAUCAAUGAACCAACCGCGGCUGCUCUUGCUUAUGGCUUUCAGAAGAGAGCCAAUUGUGUUGAAGAGAGAAAUAUUUUAGUCUUUGAUCUUGGUGGCGGAACUUUUGAUGUGUCUCUUCUCACAAAUAAAAACAAUGCUUUUGAUGUCAAGGCAACUGCUGGAGAUACUCACCUUGGAGGAGAGGAUUUUGAUAACCGAAUGGUGAACCACUUUGUGAAGGAGUUCAAGAGGAAGAACAAAAUUGACAUUAGUGAGAAUCCAAAAGCCUUGAGGAGGAUGAGAACAGCUUGUGAAAAGGCCAAAAGAACACUUUCAUUCGAUACUGUUGCCAGUAUCGAGAUAGAUGCCAUAACUCAAGGUAUUGACUUCAGUUCAUCCCUUAGUCGAGCAAAGUUUGAGCAGCUCAACAUGGACCUCUUUGCAAAUUGUAUCAAGACAGUUGAGAGUUGUCUCGCUGACGCUAUGAUGGAAAAGAAUAGUGUUCAUGAUGUUGUACUUGUUGGUGGCUCUUCUAGGAUUCCAAAAGUUCAGGAACUACUACAAGACUUUUUCAAUGGAAUUGAUUUGUGUAUGAGCAUUAACCCUGAUGAAGCUGUCGCAUACGGUGCAGCUGCUUUGGCUGCUUCAUAUAGCGAAGGCUUUAACAAUAAUAUUCAAAAUUUUGUGCUGCGUGAAGUUACUCCGCUGUCUCUAGGUAUAUUGACAAAUGAAGAUACCAUGAGUGUCGUUAUUCCUAGGAAUACCACCAUUCCGACGAGAAAGAAAAAAGUAUACUUCACUAGGAAACAUGGAAAACCUUCUGCUUUGAUCAAAAUUUAUGAGGGUGAGAGGACAAGAGCAAGUGAUAACAAUUUAUUGGGCUUGUUUACAAUUCGCGGCCUCCCUGGUGAUGGUCGAAGUAUUCCUUUUAACGUAUAUUUCGAAGUUGAUGAUGAUGGAAUCUUAACUGUAUGUGCGGAGGAAGAAACUUCUGGAAAUAAGAAUGAGAUUACCAUAUCCAAUGACAAAGGAAGGCUAUCAACUGAACAAAUUAUGGAAAUGAUUCAAGCAGCUGAGAAUUACAAGGCUGAAGAUAAGAAGUACCAGAAGAAAGUUAAUGCAAUGAAUGCUUUGGAAGAUUACGUUGAUGAGAUAACGGAUGCUUUAGAAGAUAGUGAUACAAGUGACAAUCUUUGUCUGUUAGAUAGAAAGGAGAUCGAUUUGGCAAUUAGAGAUGCAAGAAACUUACUUGAUAAUAGCCAGCAGAAUGAGGCAGAAUCGUUUGAGGAUUAUUUGAAGGAGUUAGAGCGCAUUGUAGGACCUGUCCUCAAGAUUGACUAG